AUGGCAGAAGCAACAGUUUCGGGAACAAGCAGACCCAGCCACUUCCCAGGCAGGAGGGGGGCCCAAACCCCUACUACUCAGGCCCCAGGCCAUGCAGCUGCAGUAUAUAAGACUCUGUGUGCACUACCCGCAGAUGGGGCUCAGCCAGUUGCUGCAGUGGCACUCCAGCCCAGGCCAGCUAUGGAUGGUGACCCGCAGAAGCUAUUAGACAGAUGGACAAGGCUUCACCCCCCGGUAUUCGGGGAGCGGGUGCGGAGGUUUGUCACGGGGUUGCAGCCAGGGAUUCGGUUUAGUAUGGCUCGAGAGGUGGAGAUGGGCACAGGGUAUCAGCUAGUGGUUGAGAUUGCUCACCGGAUUGAGGGGUAUCGCCAGAGGGGUAGAGAGCAGAUACAGCAGGAUAAGAGGGCUAGGUUCUCCGGUGAAUUCAGGGGUGCCCCAGCGAGGGGCAGAGGCCAGCUUGGGAGGGGCCAGUCUACUACUCAGGGUUCCUCCGGUGGGUAUUCGGGUCAGCAGACUCAGACUCCAGGGCAGCAGGCCAUGGUGCCUAGAGCGUGCUACGAGUGUGGAGAUCCGGGUCACCUGAAGAGGACUUGCCCCAGACUUCGGGGUAAGGCAGUACAGCAGGACCAGCAGCCCCAGACUCCGGCACCAGCGACCCAGCCACCUAGAGGUGGAGGGCAGACGGGUAGGGGCCGGCCUAGAGGUGGAGGCCAGAAAGGGAGAGGUCAGCCAGUUACUCCCCAGCCAGGUGGGGGCCAGGCAGCCGGCGCUUCAGUCAGAUUCUAUGCUCUUCCAGCCAGGCCAGAUGCAUUAGCCUCAGACGUCGUCAUCACAGCCGAUAGCUAUGCGGUAGCAUUCCCAGGAUGUGCACUAUUCCCCUCUUAUUCUGAAUAUUCCCCAUGGGGAUAUUUCAGUGCUAUGCCAGAGACUUCCUACCGCCCGCUAGCUACUCAGGGUUCCUCCGGUGGGUAUUCGGGUCAGCAGACUCAGACUCCAGGGCAGCAGGCCAUGGUGCCUAGAGCGUGCUACGAGUGUGGAGAUCCGNUGCGUAGCAACUAUUAG